GACGUACCUAAACUCUAAAGUCACAUUUUGUGAUUUUUAAUUUUUAUGGUCUAUACAACCCUAACAUUGUUAGGUUGUAUCCAGGAUUUGCACUUGAAACUUUUUAUAUUCAAAUAAUUAUAAUAAUGCCGCUGCCUCCAGCAACAGGUACCGGGAGGUACUAUGCGAUUGCGGCAAAAUCUAUCCGUUUAAUUCGUCAUGGAUGCACAAAUAGACCAUUCUUUCAUAUAUCAGUUACUCAGCGAAGAAGGCUGAAUCGUCAGCCAGUCAUAGAACAACUGGGUUCCUAUGAUCCAAUGCCUAAUAUGAAUAAUGAAAAGCUGGUUGCAUUAAAUUUGGACAGAAUAAAACAUUGGCUCGGUAAAGGUGCUCAUGUCUCACAACCUGUGGCAGAAUUGUUAGGUCUAUCUGGCUUCUUCCCCAUACAUCCCCGUUCAUAUAUGACGGCCUGGAGGAAUAGAAGAACUGAAAGAGACAACCAGGCCAAAGAAAAAGCCGAGGGUAGUUCAUAGUGUUGUUAGAUUUUAAUUAGCAAAUAUAUUAUUAGAUAGUU